UGUACUUUCACUUACAACUACUGCUUACUACCAAGUGACAUUAGCUAUCUAGGACACCAUGAGUUCCAAACCAGUAAAAGUUGGUAUUGUUGGUGCUCCCUUUUCCAAGGGUCAGCCAAGAGGAGGUGUUGAAGAUGGUCCCAAAUACAUAAGAGCUGCUGGUCUAAUUGACAAGCUAAAUGCACUAGGGUGUGAUGUGAAAGAUUAUGGCGAUCUUAAAUUUGAGGACGUUCCUAAUGAUGAAGCCUUUGGAAUUGUGAAGAAUCCUCGGACUGUGGGAAAAGCUAAUGAAGUGCUAGCCAAAACUGUUGCUAAGGUGCAGCAGGAUGGUAGACUAUGCAUCACUAUGGGGGGAGAUCACAGUUUGGGUGUAGGGACAAUUGCUGGACAUGCUGAAGUCCAUCCAAAUCUUGGAGUGGUCUGGGUUGAUGCCCAUGCUGACAUCAAUACCCCUCUGACAACAACAACUGGAAAUCUGCAUGGACAACCUGUAUCAUUCCUCAUCAAAGAGCUACAACCUAAGAUGCCUAAGGUACCAGGGUUUUCAUGGGUAAAGCCAUGCCUCUCUUCCAAAGAUAUUGUUUACAUUGGAUUAAGAGAUGUUGACGACGGAGAACAUGCAAUUCUGCAACAAUACAAUAUAAAGUUUUACUCCAUGACUGAAGUUGUGAAGCUUGGGAUUGCCAAAGUGAUGGAAGAAACAUUUAACUACCUGUUGCCAAAUGGUGAAAAAAGACCAAUUCACCUGAGCUUUGAUGUAGAUGGUGUGGACUCCUCUGCAACCCCUGCCACUGGCACCCCUGUUCCUGGCGGAUUGUGCUACAGAGAGGGCAUCUACAUAGCUGAAGUACUGCACAAAACAGGUCUGCUUUCAGCCGUAGAUAUCAUGGAAGUCAACCCAUCUCUUGGUAAGAAUGAAAAGGAAGUUGAUCUCACUGUCAAAGCUGCACUCAAUGUGGUCCUGUCUUGCUGUGGAAAAGCAUGCGAAGGCAACCAUAGAUCUGGUUAUGUAAUUCCCGAACCUGGCAAGAAUUAAGACUUAUCCCAUUAUAAAUAUUCAAAUAUAACAACUUAUUUUAAAUGCGCUCAGGUAUUCUGACUUCUGAACUGCUUACUUUUCUUAAACUACCUAAGUUUGAUUUUAUAUAAACCAUUACAGAAUACAAGAUACUAUAAAAUAAGUUUAGCUUGCCUUGUCUAACAAAAUUUGUGCAUAUAAAAAUCUGUUGUCUUAUUUCUUUAGGUUGUGGAAAAUGGAUUUUGACUCUGUAAUUUGACAUGGAUAAAAAUGAUAGAUUUCUUAUUGAUGAUCUAGAAAAAAACUAAGCAAUCACACAGGUGCCCUGGUAUUCAAAUGCACUUCAGUUACAUAAUCUAAAGCCUAUCAGUCAACCAGUAUUCAGUAUUGUAAAAUUUCAUGCUAUUCUAAAAUUUCCAGUGUUUGAGGAAAGCCGGCUGUUAGAUAUUGUCACUAAGUUUGAUAAUAACGGGGAACACAAAAAGCCAUGAAAUAUCUUAAUAAUGAUGCAACUAAUAUUUCUGUUGUAAAUUAUUGUAUUAAAAUGCAGAUAACAAACUCAAUCAUUUGAAACCUUCCAUGGAGUGUAACUGCAAUUUUUUGUUCUUCCUUAGUUACAAAAAAGACAUUCAAUAAGAUCCUAUAAAAAACAUGGAUGGGACAAGUAGGCAGCAUGAGCUGGGGGAAAUAGAUAGCUGGUAAGAAGUAAAGGACUGCAGUAAAAAAGAAAUAAGAGAAAAGAAAAGCAGACAGAACUAUCAUGAUAAAGAACAGUGACCAGUCAGUCUUCUGGAGAUCUGUGCUGGAGCCAGUUUUAUUUCAUUUUUAUGUGCAUAUCUAGGAAAAGAUGUACAAAAUAAAAGUGUUUACAGAUGGCACUCAGUUGAGCAAAAUAGUGACAGUUAAUGCAAAAAACAUUAGAAGGGAGUUAAGGAGGUUUAUAAAGAGGGCUGAGAUGUUGUACCAUCAACUCACUGCCAAGAAGUGCAGGGUGAUAUAGGAAGAGGUGGGGAAUCAGUAAGGGAACUAUGAAAUGGUAGGUGGAGAAAAACUAUGAAAAGAGAUACCCAGGUUUGCCAUUGGUUCUGUGAUCAGUUAUGCUGAACAAAAUGUACGGUUGGAGGAAAGGCCACUACAAGACUGGGAUGUAGAAGAUAAGGACAACAAUGCAGAGAGACAUAGAGGCAGAAGUCCUCUCACUCCCGUACAGGAUGCUUACCAUCCAUAUGUAGCCUUAAGACAUUGUGAAGAAAAGGAUAAGAGUCAGACUGAAAUGGUAUAAGAGUGGGAGACAACAGUGACUGGGGUUAGUGAUGGCCAAGACUAUGGGAGAUGUUCUGAGGAAUGGCAAUGCCCUCAGGAGGAAAGGAUAACAGACAUGUUGUGGAGUAUAAAGUUGAAGAGAACACAUAGGCUGGGAGAUGAAACUGAUAUCACGAAGGAACUCAGUUUAGGACAAACAAGAUAACGUUUUCCUUUAUUGUUAAGGUGGUGGCCAGUGGAAUACCCCACAAAAAGAAAAGGUGGAGCAAAAUACAAAGGAGUAUUCACAUUGUUGUAGGCUCGAUGGCAAAAAAAAGAGAGUGGCACAAAGGGUGGGGAAACUUCAGCGCCUAAGAUAAAAGCUUAAACAGCUGUACAGACUUGGUGAGCCCAAGGGCCUAUGUCUUGUACCUCAGGCCUGCAUUAAUAUGUUACUACUACACUCCAAAUCUAGCUCUACAUCCCUUUUGAGACUGUCUCACUGUCACUGUUCUGUGUCUGGUUAUGAGUGACUUUCUAGAAAAGGUAUUCUUAAAUGCAUUACUCCGUACUUUUAGUUUUUGAAUGUGAGAUUUGUUUUAUAUUUGCCACACUGAUUUCCCUCAGUUUUAUAGCACAACCAGUUGCAUGUUAACAACAACUGUAGAAUGAUUUGUCAAAGCAGAAUUUAAUGAAAGCUACUUCAGUGAAUGAGAGAAAUGCUGACUAAACUAGCAAAUGAAUAAACUUCACGUCAUGUAAAACAUAUAAACAGAAACAAACAUUAUUUUUUCUGGUGGCAAUGUUCCGUGUGUCACUGUAUCAUCCUAAUUUAAAACAAGAUUUAUCUAUUUUUGAUAUUGAUUUGAAGUGAAUAGGUUGUAUCUUCCAAACUAAGUUGUUUUCAGCAGAAAAUAUUUUAAAGCAUUUGACCAUUUCUGCUUCAGUAACCUACAAAUUCCAUUAGAUAAGUUGUCUGACUUUAUUGUGAUUGUACCUAAUAUGCUGUUUUGAACAGAGAAUGUUCUCCAUGUUGCUGGUUUUAAUACAGUAUGUACACUGAGAUGGUAAAAUGCAGACUAAAUGCAAUUAUUUUCAUUUAUGUACAGGUGCUUUUGAAAAGGGUUGAUCUAAUCACUUUUGAAUGUAUAUAUUUCAUUUAUAAACUUGUAAAUAUAUUCAUGUUUUGAAUGUUUAAUAUUAUAAUAAAGUAUAAAAAAUG